GAUCUGAGUCGAGUUUUAGGAAUUAUUCAUUAACGAUGUCAGAAAUAAUAUCUGGCAAAUCAGAUUUUAUAAAAGCCAAUGUAUCAAAUUCCAAGAAUGAUGCAGUGGCUUUUGAGAUGAAGUUUGCCAAAGAUCUCACCAUUGCGCAGCUAAAGAGCAAAUUGGAAAUAAUUACCGGUGGUAAUGCUGCUACGAUGAAGUUAGAACUCUAUAAUGGCGACCGUUAUGUGUCAACGCUCGACAACAACGAUGCAAAACUCGGCUUUUAUAUGCAUUCCGAUGGCUUGCGCCUGCAUGUAGUGGACAGUUUCGCCAGCUUCGAUGACGAGAUGGUUCAAAAGUUUGAGCUCACUAAUGAGCAGUACGAGCAGAAAAGGGAUACAGUCCGCAAUUUUUUGCUACAGAAUCGCGUUGGAAAAUACAAUGAGGAUGAAAUGCGUCAGAGAGAAGAAAAACGUCGAGAACUAGCCGAAGAGAUUCAGCGUAGAGCUGAACUUUGUGUUGUAGGUUCCCGAUGUCAGGUAACUGUGUCCGGCAAUCCAACGCGUCGAGGUGUAAUUAAAUAUAACGGGCCACUGGAUGGUAAAAGUGGCAUUUUUAUUGGAGUGCAGUACGACGAGCCAUUGGGCAAGAACAACGGAAGCAUUAAUGGAAAGGCCUAUUUUGAGUGUCCUCCCAAUUACGGAGGCUUUGUGGCGCCGCUUUCCGUUGAGGUUGGCGACUUUCCCCCCGAAGACUUUGAUCUUGAUGAUGAGAUUUAACUUAUUUUUAUAUAUAAUACUCACCCACAAUUGCAUAUAUCAAAAUUUUUUAAGUUUGUUGCUAGUAACGAGUGCAACCAAAUUAUUUAGAUAAUACAUUUUGCGUUUAUUAUUUAAAACAUCUAAGUUUUUCAGAUAUUCUUACAACAUGGUUAUUAAUAGGGUCUAGACUCCGCUUUAUCAUUUUGUUUAUGCAUUUAAAAAAAAAAACGAAAUGAUUAAUAUUGUUAACAAUAAAUACGUAAAACCUAAAAUACCGACGUUACACAUACA